AUGUGGUCUGACUGCAUUGCUCAAGAUGGACACUCACAGGCCAGUAAGAUUGCAGGCCGCAGGAAAAUAACCUGUUUCACGAAAGAGCACUUGGAACUUCUGCGAAUGGCUUUCAGUGUGGACCAAUAUCCUGGUAUUAGUGUCAGAGAAAGUCUGUCUCAAGCUACUGGCCUGCCAGAGUCGCAAAUUCAGGUGUGGUUCCAGAACAAGAGGGCCAGAACCAUGAAGAACAAAGCCAUUUGGGUCUCACACGAGCUGGACACAGCCACUCCUCUGGCUAGCCCUUUCCUACCUCCUCAUAUGUCCAGUAUGGGACUUAAUGGACAGCAAAGGAGCAUUCCAGAGGCAUCCUUUAACAUUGUUCAACCUCAGAUGCCUCAGUUUCCACCAAGAGACUACAGCACACCUGUCAUCAAACCACGACAAAGCAGACUGAUGGGAACCAGCUCUUGUUCUUCUUCUCUGCCCUCUGAUCUGCAAAAGUUGGCAGACAGAUGGAGCUUGGGAGAAAGCACACAGUCCUCUCCUGAAUCUACCUGGAGUCCACCAGAGCAGGGUUUUGGGAACUCCUACAAGGAUGAGAGUAAUACGUCCUACCCACCACCUCCUUACCCCCAUCGUAGUGCCAAGGUUGAGUAUGCUACUGGCCUGGAGUCACUGCCAACCUCCCCGGCCUCUUCUGAUUCUGCAUUUUGGGACAUGGGACUGGAAAAUUGCUCUCCAUCUGUACCAUACUUUGACUGUUGCAGCCCAUUGGACAGGCUUGUUGAGGAGCAGCCUGUGGGCCCACUCCCAUUUCUGUCCACACAGUGUGUGGAUGAUGUCCUUGGGAAAAUGGAACCAGCCUGUUGGAUCUUAAAUGGCCAGAAGGAUCUACAGUCAUUUUUAAAUAUGCCGCAUCUAGGAUUUUUCACUACUACUGAGACUGUUUUACACUGUUUUAUCAUAGAGUUUGUGAUUUAA